CAUGCUGAUGACCCGGUUCCAAAACUGCUGCAGUUAUCUUUCUGUUAAAGCUUCCAGCAGAUUCUCCCACUUCUGAACGUGACCGUGUUCUCCCCCUCUCUCUCUAUCUGACUACUUGCACACAUUGCCAACUGCCAACGCACUGACUGGUGCUUCUACACAUGCAUAGAACUAUCCGUAAUUGUUUAUGGAUGGUUCCGCAGAUCUGGAUCAUCCUCGGACUCCGCCGUUGACGGUGGCGCUGCCGAUGGGACGGGCAGGAGGAGAAGCGACCUCUUCUUCGAGCUCCAGUGAUGUCUCCGUCAAGUUCGCCAAGAAUGUUGCUACCGCUUCUCCGCCUUCCAAUGGUCGAAGCAACUCUUCAGGGGGUGGAGAGGCAGUUUUCACUAGAGUGAAUACUACGCCUGCAAAAAUUUUGAAUUGUGGGGAAUUGGAGUCGCCUUCGGUGUUGGAACGAUCAAAGACUGAGGGGCAAAGACUUUAUAAUAUACUCCCUGAAGAGGCUGCUCAGAUUUAUGACAACCAAAUUUCUGUCCAGGAGAAGCUCAGCUUGUUGAGCAGAAUAGCUACUGUUAAACAUGACGGAACUGUAGAGUUUGAAGUCCCAGGAGAUGUUGAACCUCAAACUCUUGGAAUUGAUACUGAAAGUGUGUAUAAUGAAGUGGAUGAAGAGCCUAUUGAUGCAACAGAGCUUCAAUAUAUUCCCCCAUUGCAAGUUGUAAUGCUUAUUGUUGGAACUCGUGGAGACGUCCAGCCAUUUGUUGCCAUUGGAAAGCGACUACAGGAUUAUGGCCAUCGUGUUAGAUUGGCCACUCAUUCCAAUUUCAAAGAGUUUGUCUUGGCUUCUGGGUUGGAAUUCUACCCUCUUGGUGGUGAUCCUAAAGUUCUUGCAGGAUACAUGGUUAAAAACAAAGGGUUUUUACCUUCUGGGCCUUCUGAAAUACCUGUACAAAGAAAUCAAAUGAAGGAAAUCAUUUUCUCUCUACUUCCAGCAUGCAAAGAGCCCGACCGUGAUUCUGGGAUUCCUUUCAAGGCAGACGCAAUUAUUGCUAAUCCUCCAGCGUAUGGUCAUAUACAUGUUGCAGAGGCGUUGAAGAUACCAAUUCAUAUAUUUUUUACAAUGCCAUGGACGCCAACCAGCGAAUUCCCCCAUCCUUUAUCUCGUGUUAAGCAGUCAGCUGGAUAUCGAUUAUCUUAUCAGAUUGUUGACUCCUUGAUCUGGCUAGGAAUAAGAGAUAUGAUAAAUGAUGUUAGGAAAAAAAAGCUCAAGCUACGCCCAGUAACAUACUUGAGUGGAUCACAAGGCUCUGAAUCUGAUAUUCCAUACGGAUAUAUCUGGAGUCCUCAUCUUGUUCCCAAACCAAAAGAUUGGGGACCAAAGAUUGAUGUGGUUGGAUUCUGCUUCCUUGAUCUUGCAACAAAUUACGAGCCACCCGAGUCCCUUUUAAACUGGCUUAAAGCUGGUCCAAAGCCUAUCUACAUUGGGUUUGGCAGUCUUCCUGUUCAAGAACCAGAGAAAAUGACAAAAAUAAUUGUGGAGGCUUUAGAAAUAACUCAGCAAAGGGGCAUAAUUAACAAAGGCUGGGGUGGCCUUGGUGACUUGGCAGAAGGGAAGGACUUUGUGUACCUGUUGGAUAACGUUCCUCAUGACUGGCUUUUCUUGCAAUGUUCUGCUGUGGUGCAUCAUGGGGGAGCCGGUACAACUGCUGCUGGCCUUAAAGCUGCGUGUCCAACAACUAUUAUCCCUUUCUUUGGCGACCAACCUUUCUGGGGAGAGAGAGUCCAUGCCAGAGGUGUUGGUCCUGCCCCGAUCCCAGUUGAUGAGUUUUCACUUAAAAAGUUGGUUGAUGCAAUCAACUUUAUGCUAGAUCCAAAGGUAUUCUUGGCUCUGAUUUUUUUUUUAAUUCUACUUUUUUUUAUUAUUCAACAGCUUACACACAAAAGAGCUAGCAAGAAACCUUUUCAAUACACAUGUACAAAUCAUGAAAUGAAUCUAAAGUGCUCAUAUGUAGGGGUAAGGAGAACUACAUCAGACUUAUGGUCUUUUACAUUAUUUUAUAUAGGUUUGGGUUCUAGUGAGAAUUACACAUGAACAAAUCCAUGAAAUUCAUAAAUCCGACAGGCGACAUGAACAAAUCAAUGUACAAAUGAAUAACCACAUUAGUUGAUUGCGACAUGUGUUACAUUGAUUUGUUCAUGUUGAGACGUGAGAUAUCCAAAUCUAUGGCUGAUAUUAUUCAAAUUAAUUGUUUUUUAUUUCAUGUUAAGGCUAUGUUUGUAAAGUUGCACCUAUCAUAACCAUGAAUCCUUAAUUGAAGGGAUUCAUUACUUGUUUAAUUAUAGGAACAUAUCAUCCAAAACAUAUAUUUCGCAGUAAAAAGUCAAAUCCUUAAUUUGUUCCUAAUUUUUUAUAGCUUCUGCGAGUCUUAUCCAUUUCUUAUUUAUUAUUAUAAUUUAUGAAUGUAUUGUUUUUUUUAACAAGAUUUUAUUAUAUGUUGUUCAUAAAGUUCGUGUCCUUAUUCAUGGAAUCAUAGUUGUUGUUCAUCUUAUGUAUUUAGAAUUUAAUAGUGUAAUUUUUUUGUUCAUGGAAUUAAUAGGUUGUUUAUGAAAUUGUAGUCCUUAUGCAUUUUGAAUCUUUGAAAUUUCAAAGAACAUAUCAAACUUGAAUAAGAUCCACAGAUCUAUGAAAUAAUAAUCGAGCGAUGAAUAAGAAAAGCGGAAAAUUAGGGAUUUUGGUAGAAGAGGGAAAGUAAAUCGGUGGGUAAAUGGUCUGUUUUACCUUAUUAGUGGGUUGACCUGAUUUUGUAACUUAACCUUCAUAUUUUCUUUUAUUUAAGGCUUAGAUGCAUUCUUAUUUUUUAGAUUAAGGAGGAUUCUCACUAUAUCCCACUCCUAUAGGGUUGGGAUAUAGUGAGAAUGACACAUGAAUAAAUCCAUGAACAAAUAAAUGUAACACAUGCUGGAUCCAUUCUCUCUCUCUCUCUCUCCUAUAUAUAUAUAUAUAGCAUCCAAUUGAAUUAAACCCACGACCUAGUAGGGUGGCGCGCUAAUCACUGAGCUACUGAUGCAAAUUGUUUAUUUUUGGGUUGCAUAUUAUAUUUAUAGAUGUUUUUGCUUUCUCCCAUCUAAAAGAUACUGUUCAAGAAAUGUUUGAUGGUUCAGUCUUCCACUUACUUUCAUUAUAAUGGAGGUAUAACUGAGAACUUCUGCAUGUUAGCUUCAGAAAAUGGAACAAUUUUGGUGAACAUAGGAGAAGAUUUGUCUGUCUGGAUUUUUAAAAUAGGUCUACUUUUUGCAGGUCAAGGAGCAGGCAAUUGAACUUGCAAAAGCCAUGCAAAAUGAAGAUGGGGUGAGUGGAGCUGUGAAUGCAUUUCUCAAACAUCUGUGCAAAAAUCUCGAGCCUGAUCGCAGACCUACAAAAUCGAGCUUAUUCUCGGUUCGCACAUGCUUUGGUUGUUCCUAGGUUUUGAUAGAUGAGGUUUGUUCCCUCUUAUGUUGAUCCUUUUGUCAACUAUCAAUAUUCGAUUAUGAUUCUUCUCACCUUUUGCCACAAUACCGCAUCCCUGGUGUUGUAUCAAAGUGUUUUUGUCUUGGCAAUGUAAGGUGGUGUUGAAUACUUGUUAUUCGAAUUGCGUGUCUUUGGUGAAAUCACAAAAAACUUCCCUUA